AGAUUUGGCUGCCUGUUCCUGACUGUGACGUUUACGGAAGCGCCACCGCCAACUCUCGCGAUAUUUCCGCACGGCCGUGGGAUUUGGGAAAUCGAGGGUUGUGGCUGAGGGGGGCAAGGAAACAGGAAUUCCUGAAUAUGAGUGAUGAUAAACCUUUCCAAUGCACUGCUCCUGGCUGUGGACAGAGAUUCACAAAUGAAGACCACUUGGCUGUCCACAAGCACAAACAUGAGAUGACCCUGAAGUUUGGCCCGGCGAGGAAUGACGGCGUUAUCAUUGCUGACCAGACCCCGACGCCCACCCGCUUCCUGAAGAACUGUGAAGAAGUCGGGCUUUUCAAUGAACUCGCAAGUCCGUUUGACCAUGACUUCAAAAAAGCAGCAGAGGAUGACAUUAAAAAGUUACCCCUGGACUUGUCGCCUCUCGCAACGCCAAUCAUACGCAACAAAAUCGAAGAACCCACAACUGUGGAGACACAUCGAGAUAGUCCUCUGCCUCAUCCAGAGUCUACAACAAAUGAUGACAAGGACUUAUCUUUGCAGCCAGCCUCACUGCCAACAUCCACUAUAGUCCAUCCUGCAUCCCUCCAAGUUCCCAAUGUACUCCUAGCAACCUCAGAGGCUAGUGUUGUAAUACAGCAAGCGCUCCCAUCGCCAACAUCUAGCUCUGUUAUUACCCAAGUCCCAUCCACUAAUAGGCCUAUAGUCCCAGUGUCUGGUACCUUCCCUGUCCUCUUACAGCUGCCUAAUGGCCAGACCAUGCCUGUCGCUAUACCCGCGUCUAUCACAAGCUCAAGUGUACAUAUUCCAGCUACAAUCCCACUUGUCAGACCUGUCACCGUCGUGCCUAACGUCCCCGGGAUCCCAGGACCUCCUUCGCCACAGCCUCAGACCGUCCAAUCAGAAGCAAAGCUGAAACUGAAAGCCACGUUAAGCCAGCAGCUUCCUCAGGUAACAAACGGAGAUGGAGGUGAAGUCCAGAGCAGUGCCGUAACCCACACUGCGGCUCCAGCAUCUCCCGCCCCGCCCCCGACUCCCGCCCCCGCCCCUGCCGCCGUCCUGACUCCGGCUCCGGCUCCUCACCUGGCCACGACAGAGGAGCCGUCAACACACUCCCUCCAGCAGCCGGCCACCUCCACCACAGAAACGCCGGCAUCCCCGGUGCCCCCAGCGCAAAACCCUCCCAGCACAGGGGGCCGGCGGCGCAGAACCACGAGCGAAGACCCCGAUGAGAAGCGGCGUAAGUUCCUGGAGCGUAACAGAGCGGCGGCUUCCCGCUGCCGGCAGAAGAGGAAAGUGUGGGUCCAGUCCCUGGAGAAGAAGGCCGACGACCUGAGCUCCAUGAACGGACAACUACAGAAUGAAGUCACCCUGCUGAGAAACGAAGUGGCUCAGCUGAAGCAGCUUCUUCUGGCUCAUAAAGAUUGCCCUGUAACCGCCAUGCAGAAGAAAUCUGGCUAUCACAUCUCCGACAAAGACGAGAGCUGCGAGGAGAUGUCCGUCCCCAGCAGCCCCCAGAACGAGGCCAUCCAGCACAGCUCCGUCAGCACCUCCAACGGGGUCAGCUCCUCCUCCUCCACCACCACCCCGGCCGCCUCGGCCCCGUCCGGCCCCGCCACCGCCGCCGCGGCCAACCAGAGCACAGAGGAGGGCCAGUCCCAGCCUUCAGGGAGCUGAUCGGCCCGACGGGGCGCCGCCGCCUCUCCCAGCCCUCUGAUCAGCGGGGGAAAGGGAGUCUCUCUCUGGGCUCCAGUUCGGACCGCACUCUUGACUUUUACUCUCGAAUGGUUUUCUUUCCGUUUGGUCCAUUUUGUACGUCAUAGACAAUGCUUUGAAAGAUGCAAUGUUUUCUCUGGAAUUGAUGGAGACAAAAAGAAAAGGCACUUUAGGUGUAAGAUUUAAAACAUGUAAUUCUUACUGUUUUUCUAUUUAUGUGACUUAUUUAUCAAUUUUUAUUGUAAUUUUUAUUUCAACGCCAUCAGUGAAUUGUUAGGAACUUUACCAAAGUGUGUUGUGGCUUAUCUGUAAUUUAUUUGAUCUCAUGACUUUUGUAAACACUAACUUCGCCAUGAAGUGACUACAAAUACUUUUUCUUGUUGUUGUUGUUGUUGUUGUUUGCUUUUUUCCAUUUUGCACAUACUUGAGAGAUGACGGGUUUGCUUUUUAUGGAGAUUGACAGUCCACAGGUUAGAGAUCACACUGAUGUGUAUGGCGAAAUCAGAUUUUAAAGCUGCGUGUGUGUGUGUGUGUGAGAGAUCAGCUGGAGACUCAUUGUGCAGUUUGAAUGUUUUGAGCUCACCUCCGCUUGUAAAACGGUGUUGCGGAGGUGAGCAGCUUAGACGCGUGUGAGUGAAUGAGUGUGUGUGUGUGUGUGUGUGUGUGUUCUUUCAUUAACAUUCCAUGUGUAGCCUGAUUGUCCUGAAGCAGUGAUUGUAGGGUUGCAGUACCUUUUUUUUUUUUUUUUUUUUUUUCCAUUACUCAAUCAUGGUGAUGUUGACUUCAUUCAGUGCCAUUAAUGUUUUUUGUAGAAAUGACUUCCCGCCACUUUCAGUGCAGGUUAGCUGAUUGCUGUUCUCUCUCUAAGGUUCUCAUGAACCCGAUUGCUCAGUAGAGAUCUCUCGCUUUGUAUCCAGUCUUUUGCUUUACCAGUGACUCUUUCUGGCUUUACUGUCUAAUGCAGAACACUUUAAGGAACAUUAGGCUGUUUUCAUGAUUGCAAUCCUAGAUGACAUUUUUAGAAAACAUUGUAAAUACCAUCAAUGAUACAUUUUAUGUGAUCUUUCUUGGUAUUAUGUAAAUUGUUUUUUUUUUUUUUUUUAAUAGGAUUGUCUGGAUUCUGUAGCUGAUGAGCCCUUUUGAUCACAUGAACUCUGUUAGCAGUUAAGAACUGACCUUUCAUUCCGAUGCCGCCUCUUCCUGACUCCGUAGGCUGUCAUGUAAAAUUUAAAAGCAUUCAGAUGUGAACUGGAAUCACAUCAUGUAUAUUAGACUUACGCUAGUACAACUCUGUAGGAACUGUGAGCAUUUUCUCAUUGGGGGGGAAAAAAAAAAAAAAAGAAAAAAAUAGUGAGAAUUAAAUCGCUCCAUGAGUCAGUUGGCCUUUUUUUUCUCUCUCUUCUCUUAGUCUGUACUGGCUUACUACUGUGUAGUUUUACAAGAAGCUAACACCUUGUUUUAUUUA